AUGUCGCCGGCUCGGACUGGAGUUGGUGGUGGUCAGCCGCCACAUGCAGUUCGCUUGGGCUUACUGAGGUCAUUGCAGCAUGAAGGGGCGAUUCUCACUUGUUAUCUGGCCGAGGAUAGAUUAUCGCCUUCAAAUACCGAGCCCACCGCGCCAUCCGGCAGGUCGUCACCAGCAUCUUUAGCGGUUCCCGUUCCGGCGGUGCUGCCCGCCCUCCCCCCGAGCACCUUCUCUUCCCGUUCCUCUUCCACCCCCUCGACGGAGAGCAACCGCAUUCUCGAGCUCGAACUCAUGCACCGCUGGUCCACCCGGUCAUGGACCAGCGCCGAGUCCACCCCAGUGUGUCGCGCCUAUCUGGUCGACCAUCUCCCUCGCGCCGCCCUCCGAAACGGGUACCUCCUCAACGCCCUCCUCGCCACCGCAGCCGUCGACCUCGCCGUGUCCCACAAGACCAGCGAUUCCCUCAACGACUCAGCAUCCUACUUCCGCACGGCGCUGGAGUACGGCAACAAAGCCAUGGCCGACUUCCGCGCGCAAGUGACCGCCCUGACGCCCGACAACGUCGACCUAGUCUUUUACUUUUCGAGCCUGGUGGGUGUGGUGCACUUCUCGGUGCCGCCGGCGGACAAGCACGUCAGCAUCAUCGACCGCGUGUGCGAGCACGCCGAGGUGACGCUCAAGUCGGGCCACAUCGUCGCCGAGAACAUGGCGUGGAUCCUGGCCGGGCCGAGUCCCCUCCCGACCGUGCUGCGCGAUUACACGGUAGACUUGGCGUUGAUGGACGAGCUGGACCAGAAGACCCGCGCCGCGUUGGAGCUCAUGUCGGCCGUCUCCCGCCUGGUCCGCGUGGCCCCGACGAGUCCGACUGUUCAGGGUAGUGCUGUGAUUACUGGGGAAAUGCCGGGUAUGAUGCAGGAUGGACAGAGGCCGUUGGCUUGCGAGAUACAUGUUUAUCAGCUCGCCAUCGGCCAGACAAAGUAUUGUUAUGCUGAGGACCUCAGGGAUAGGCGCAAGGCCUACUUCCAUACAAUGUUUGCCGUUGCGGGAGCACCUUUCUCGGCGGCCGUCCGAAACCGGGAACCUAUGGCCCUGUUCAUUCUUAUGUACUGGGGGGUUCUUGUCCACCGAGGAAAACGGGAUCCCUCGCUUUGGGUCCUGGUGCCGGAAGGGCGCAAUAUCGUGGCCGAGAGCUCGUCGCUGGUGCUGUUCUCGGAGAUUGUGGAUGUUCCGGGGGUACGGGAGGGUAUUGCAUGGACCCGCUUCCAAGUUGGACUACCUGAACUUCCUGGAUGUGUCUUGCCUUCCACGUUGUUGGAGACGGAAAUAGUGGCAGGUGUGUAUACGGAUGCGAUGGAGGCCGCGGCUGGGGGCAUGGAAACAGGGCAGUAA